GUAAUAGAAAAAAAAAAAAAACACAAAUUCUCUGAUCUGAUCUAAACUUGCAACAAUGGCGGAGACGGCGAAUACAGAUCUAGAAGGAAUCGAUGGAGUUCGUAUGACAUGGAACGUUUGGCCUCGUUCUAAAGUUGAAGCAAGCAAAUGCGUGAUCCCACUCGCCGCUUGCAUUUCUCCGAUCCGGCGACAUUCCGAUAUCCCUACCCUUCCUUACGCACCGCUCCGAUGCCGGACUUGUUCCGCAGCGUUAAACGCUUACGCACAAGUCGAUUUCACCGCAAAGCUUUGGAUCUGUCCCUUUUGUUAUCAGCGUAAUCAUUUCCCGCCUCAUUAUCAUGUGAUCUCUGAGACCAAUCUUCCUGGUGAGCUUUAUCCUCAGUAUACUACUGUUGAAUACACGCUUCCUCCGCCUGUUGCUGGUCAAUUUGAUCCGAGGAAUGGGGAAGUUCCGUCGCAGGCGGUGUUUGUGUUUGUUCUUGAUACUUGUAUGAUUGAAGAAGAAUUAGAUUUUGCUAAAUCGGCGCUUAAACAGGCGAUUGGAUUGCUUCCGGAGAAUGCUUUGGUUGGAUUUGUGUCGUUUGGUACUCAGGCUCAUGCGCAUGAAUUGGGAUUCUCUGAGAUGUCUAAGGUUUUUGUUUUUAAAGGAGAUAAAGAGAUUUCUAAAGAUCAGAUUUUGGAUCAGUUGGGGCUUGGAGGUUCUUCAAGGAGAUAUACGAAAGGAGCUCAAAAUGGCGUCCCGAGUUCUGGUUUGAAUAGAUUCUUGUUACCUGCUUCCGAGUGCGAAUUCACACUCAACUCGCUUUUGGAUGAGCUACAAAGUGAUCAGUGGCCUGUUCAGCCAGGUCAUCGGUCCCAACGAUGCACAGGUGUGGCAUUGAGUGUUGCUGCAGGAUUGCUUGGAGCUUGCUUGCCUGGAACUGGGGCUAGAAUUGUAGCUUUGAUCGGAGGUCCAUGUACAGAAGGCCCUGGAACGAUUGUCUCAAAAGAUUUAUCGGAUCCUGUGCGAUCUCACAAAGAUUUAGAUAAAGAUGCCGCUCCUUACUAUAAAAAGGCUGUCAAGUUUUAUGAUAGCAUCGCAAAGCAACUAGUCACUCAGGGUCAUGUGCUAGACCUUUUUGCUUCUGCACUUGAUCAGGUUGGGGUUGCUGAGAUGAAAGUUGCAGUUGAAAGAACUGGUGGCCUUGUUGUUCUGUCUGAAAGUUUUGGCCAUUCCGUAUUCAAAGAUUCCUUCAAGCGAGUAUUUGAAGAUGGCGAUCAGGCUCUUGGCCUCUGCUUUAAUGGGACGCUUGAGAUCUGUUGUUCACAGGACAUCAAAAUUCAAGGGGCUAUUGGACCAUGCUCAUCAUUAGAGAAGAAAGGGGCUAGUGUUGCUGACACGGUUAUCGGAGAGGGGAAUACUUCUGCUUGGAGGUUGUGUGGCCUUGAUAAAACUACGUGUUUGACGGUAUUUUUUGACAUAUCUUCAAGCGGGUCAAAUACUCCUGGAGCUGCGAAUCCACAGUUUUAUUUGCAGUUUCUCACAAGUUACCAAAACCCUGAAGGUCAAACAUUGCUCCGAGUUACUACUGUAUGCAGACAGUGGAUAGACAGUGCUGUGAGUUCAGAGGAACUUGUGCAAGGCUUUGAUCAAGAAACUGCUGCUGUGGUCGUGGCUAGAUUAGCUUCUUUGAAAAUGGAGUCAGAGGAGGGAUUUGAUGCUACUCGUUGGUUAGAUCGGAAUCUCAUUCGUCUUUGUUCAAAGUUUGGAGACUAUAGAAAGGAUGAUCCAGCCUCCUUCACGCUGAAUCCCUAUUUUUCGUUAUUUCCUCAAUUUAUAUUUAAUCUGCGGCGAUCGCAGUUUGUUCAGGUAUUUAACAAUAGCCCUGAUGAAACCGCAUACUUCUGCAUGUUGUUAAACCGGGAGAAUAUUUCGAAUGCAACUGUCAUGAUCCAACCGUCGUUGACAACAUAUUCAUUCAAUUCACCAGCUGAACCAGCUUUGCUAGAUGUGGCUUCCAUUGCAGCCGAUCGAAUUCUUUUAUUAGAUGCAUAUUUUAGCGUUGUUGUCUUCCAUGGAAUGACUAUAGCACAAUGGCGAAAUAUGGGUUAUCAUCAUCAGCCUGAACACCAGGCUUUUGCUGAGUUAUUGCAAGCUCCUCAAGAGGAUUCCCAGAUGAUAGUCCGGGAGCGUUUCCCUGUCCCAAGAUUAGUUGUUUGUGAUCAGCACGGCUCGCAGGCAAGGUUUUUAUUGGCGAAGCUGAAUCCAUCAGCGACGUACAACAAUGCAAACGAGAUGUCGACAGGGUCAGAUGUGAUAUUCACAGACGACGUGAGCCUUCAAGUCUUCUUUGAACAUCUUCAGAAGCUGGUUGUGCAGUCUUGAGUAGUCCAUUUGCUUAUUUACUUUACAUUAAAUUAAACUUCACUGU